GGUCUUUCCAACCAAAAUAUAUAUAAAAAUAAACAAACCAUAAUCUUCAAGAAAAACCUAUGAAAUAAUAGUGAUUGAGUAUCAUACAGACACAAAAAAUGGAACAUCCUGAACAACCCAGACUAUCUUUUUUUGAAAAGGAGUCAGAUAAAUCUAUUGAUGCACGAAAACCGCUUCUCAAUGGUGAUCACUCUCUAGAGAGAUACUCUGUUCUUUCAGCAAUCCCACCGUUUUUCUUCCCAGCCAUUGGAGGAUUGUUAUACGGCUAUGACAUCGGUGCUACAUCUGGAGCCACAAUUUCUUUGGAGUCGUCUAAACUGAGCGGGACCUCAUGGUAUAAUUUGUCAUCUGUGGAGAUUGGGCUCGUUGUCAGUGGUUCACUGUAUGGGGCCUUAAUUGGUUCUAUCUUGGCUUUUAUCAUCGCUGACUUCUUAGGAAGACGAAGGGAGUUAAUUACGUCCUCUUUGCUUUAUUUUGUUGGAGCUAUAGUAACCUCGGUUGCACCCAACUUCAUGAUUUUGGUGAUCGGACGUAUGAUAUAUGGUGUAGGAAUUGGACUGGCAAUGCAUGCUGCUCCGCUGUACAUUGCAGAGACUGCACCAAGUCAGAUACGAGGGAGACUGAUUUCUCUUAAAGAGGUCUUUAUAGUUCUAGGAAUGCUGUUAGGUUAUACAGUUGGCAGUCUGGAAAUUGAUAGAGUUGGAGGAUGGCGUCAUAUGUAUUCUACUAGUAUUCCUGUAUCUUUGCUUAUGGCAAUUGGAAUGUGGUGGUUGCCCCCAUCACCGCGAUGGUUGUUAUUAGGCGCCAUACAAGGAAAGGGAAAUACAGAGAAGGCAAGAGAAACUGCAAUAUAUUGUUUGUGCCGGCUGAGGGGUGGUGGUGAUUCAGCUCCAGACCAAGUAGAUGAAAUGCUGAAUGAGCUUUCUUAUGUUGAAGGAGAAAAGGAGACCUCAUUCAGGGAUAUUUUUCAAGGAAAAUGCUUGAAAGCACUUACCAUUGGUGCUGGUUUGGUUUUGUUUCAGCAGAUCACAGGGCAACCAAGUGUGUUAUAUUAUGCUGCAACGAUUCUAAAGAGUGCAGGGUUCUCUGCUGCAUCUGAUGCUACCCGGGUCUCGAUUCUUCUAGGUCUACUGAAGUUGAUAAUGACUGGAGUAGCGGUCCUUGCGGUCGAUAAACUUGGGCGAAGACCAUUACUGCUUGGAGGUGUCAGUGGCAUUGCAGUUUCUUUGUUCUUACUUGGGUCAUAUUACACUUUCUUGAAUAAUGCACCAUUCGUUGCUGUUUCUUCCUUAUUGCUGUAUGUUUCAUGUUAUCAGCUAUCCUUUGGACCUAUUGGCUGGUUAAUGAUUUCGGAGAUUUUCCCCUGGCGCCUUAGAGGACGUGCAUUAAGUAUCGCAGUUCUUGUGAACUUUUCUUCAAAUGCACUAGUCACGUUCGCUUUCUCUCCAGUUGAGACAUUGAUUGGGUCUGGAAUGCUGUUUGUUGUGUUUGGGGAGAUAGCUCUACUGGCCCUCGUCUUCAUAUACUUCAUUGUACCAGAAACAAAGGGGCUGACUCUUGAGGAAAUAGAGGCUAAGAUUCUGUAAAAAGACAUUUCUAUGAAUCCUCUUCAUGUUAAUGUUAUAGUUUCACAUGUAAUCAAAACAUCCUAUUAUCUUUCUAAAAUUAUAAACCUACGAUUUACUGUGAGUUUUAGAAAACAGUCUUCCACAGUUUUUAGUUUCUGCUGUGCCGGGUCUAUGUUUGAUUGUUGUGGUCUUAAGGUAUUUCUCCUGUUCUAAUAAUUUGUGAAAAUUUAUAUGUGAAUGAGAUUUGGAUUGAGGAUUUGUAGACACCACAAUUUUGUAUAUAUGCAUUAGCCACGAA